UGUGUGUGUGUGUGUUACAGAGGAAGGUGAUGUUCUGGUUUGCCACAGGAGGAGCCGGGUUCUGUCUGAGCAGACGGCUGGCCGAGAAGAUGGCGCCCUGGGCUAGUGGCCCCAAAUUCGAGGAGACCUCCGCAGCCAUCCGGCUGCCAGACGACUGCACUGUGGGCUUCAUAGUGGAGAGGAGGCUGGGCGUGCGGAUGGUCCACAGCCCCCUGUUCCACUCACACCUGGAGAACCUGCUCAUGCUCACCCCCAGACACAUACCGCAGCAGGUGAGCACACCUGUACUCACACCCCCCCUCACACCUCGCCUCUCUAAAGGUGGCAGCUAACCUAAAUUGACUUGCUUUUUUUGCAAAUGCUUUUAUCUAAAGCUACGCACAGUAUUGCACAGAUAUACAUUUUUUCUGAGGAUGUAUGCUCUCCGGGGUGUCGUACCCAUGACUCUCGUAUUGUUAGCGUCUUAGCUCUGCCGCUUGAGUUAACCUGCCGCCGUCUCCUCUGCACUCUCUUUAACUGAUGAAUGAUGAAACGCUCACUCUGAA